CUCCACUCCGUGCGGCAUUUUGUAUGAAUUUGGCAGUGCAGUGCGCUUUGUGUCUUCGUGUGCUCCGUGCGCCGUGCGAGGGCGAAGCCUUCACAUCACACACACACAACAUCAUACCGCGGCGUCACUAAACACCUCGCUGAAUCAGUCUAACACCACGAGCUACACGAGCUGUAGUUUUAGUUAGUUACAACAAAAUUUCGCACAAUUCAUACACACAAGGUUACAACACAACAGAUUAUCUCCAGUUGAUUGAUACAAUUUGUACACGGCCAGAUUUUCAUUCAGUAAAAGAUUAAAAGGGUGCGUCUUGUAUUACUAUUACCAGACAUAGAAAAUAUAACAGAAUAAAAGUGCAGUGUAGUUAAGACUUCUUAUGGUGUGAGUUAGUUGUGUGGUCCAGGUUUGGUGAUGCUGUGCAAAUGGAGGCUGCUGCCGGUCGGAGAAGACGUGAGUCUGCGACACUCACCGGUAUAUUGAACUUGUGACACCGAAAACGCACAGAUCUCGAAGGAUGCGUCGCGCGAGAGCAUAAUAUUUACGUUUCGCAGGCGUGUGGUGAAUACUCAUUGCGACUCAUUGCACCAGUGAAUGAAUGAGAUUUAUUAAGGAGGUAUUUAAGUGCUGGCUGGUUUAAUUAUUUACCUAUUUGAUUGAUAAGAUGUAAAAGUGCCAAAAAGAAACAGAGAGUUAUUGAGUGUGGAGUGUGAGUAGGGAAGAGAGGUGAUUUUUGACUCUUGGUGCUGAUUUUGUACGAUAUUGCUGAGAUGAUGGUGUUUGGGAGGAGAGGUUUGGGGUCCUGGGGGAUUGGUGUUUUCGUCGUUUUGGUCAUCGUUGCUGCUUAUGCUCAAGGCGUCGUUGAUGAAGCCAUCGACGACGACAAUUUCGACUUGGACCCAGACUCUGAAUACACCGAAGACGACUUUGAAGACGAUGACUACGUCGAUCACAAACCAGCAAUCAAUGCCACAAUACAAUUUGUAAAGGACUUAAAAAACGUCUCCCGUAACGCCGGAGGCACCCUCCGCUUCCGCUGUGAAGUAAAACUAAUCGAACAACCCCCAGAUGUCGCUGCCAGUAACCUAACCACAAAAGUAACAAUCAAAUGGCGGCAACACGCCGCACACCUCCCGGUAGACAAACGCUUCAAACAGAAAACAUUCAACAAAGCCGAUGGACUCACCGUCGGCUGGCUCCGCAUCUCCGACCUGGAAUUAUUCGACCGUGGAUGGUACUAUUGCACAGCAUCACGCGGCACAGAGAAAAUAUCCUCCAAAAGCUUCCUUGAAGUGAAAGAUAAAUUCAACAACAAUGCACCCAGUGGUACAGGUGGCGCUAGUGGUGAUUUAUCCACAUACAAACCUAUAUCCAACGGUGUACCAGGUCGACGUUUCGGUGAUAUAACUACAUUUCUGCCGAAUGUCGACAGUCGUGAGGAAACUGAUUUUAUUUCAACGAUUGCUAAUGGGAAUCUACCACGGUUGAGUGAACAAACGGUGCAUAACCCUAAUAUGUUUGAUCAUGUGCAGAAUGCACGGGAUCAUGGUAAGGCAAGUGGGGCGCUGGCGUCGCAGCAGAAUACUCAGGCGCAGCCGGCGUAUAAUGCUGAGCAGCCAUUUUGUCAGAUGUACACGGGGCAAAUGUGUAAGGAUUUCAUGGAGGAUAAGCAUAUAUUUGUGCAGCCACCGUAUACUCAGCAGGUUAUCGAGGAGAAUCUGCAUAAUUCUUUGAUAGUUAUCUCACAAUCAAACGAAAUCUCAACUGGCUGCAACAAAUUCGUCCUGCCAAUAAUGUGCUUCUCCGCCUUCCCCAUAUGCCCGGAACCCGAGCAAACCAACCUCUAUCAACGCUACUACAUCAACAAAUACAAUAUACUCGACAAGAACACAACGCUCAAACAUUUACGCACGAUGCCCAACCUGAAUCUCCAGCGUAUCUGUAAACAAGACUGUAUUCUGCUCGAAACCGAAGUCUGCAGCAAAGAAUACUCAAUCGCCAAGCGACACCCUGUCUUAGGCCGCAUGUUAGAAUUAGAAGAAUGUGAGAAUCUCCCCGAAGAAGACGAUAGAGACAAUGUGAGUUGUCUUAAAUUGGGUGUAGAACGCGCGCAGAACGUGAAUAAGGAUCAUAAUUGUUACUGGGAUAGAGGACAAUUGUACCGAGGCACGAUGGAUGAGAGUAUCACGAAGUCACGAUGUGUAAGGUGGUCACAUCAGGUGCAUUUCCCACUUUCGGAUUAUCCUGAGCUGAUCGGGCAUAAUUUCUGUCGGAAUCCGGGUGGGGAGAUGCCGGAGCCAUAUUGUUAUGUCGAGCAUAACAAGCGGGAAGUCUGCGGGAUUCCGCGAUGUGCGAAGAUUUAUUAUUCGUAUAUGAUUGGUGCGACUUUUAUAAUUUUCGGACUUGUUUCGUUUGCGUUGUGUUUUUACUGCUGUAAGAAGCGGAAUAAUAAACAACCGAGAGGAUUACGUAAUAUGAGUAUUCCUACUGCUGAUAAAAAUAUUUAUGGCAAUGGAAGUCCGACAGCUCCUACAAUGGAGAUGAAUAACCUCUUGCCGUCUAAUAUUCCACCCGCUAGAGGGCAUCACGCUAAAAAUGGCUUCCAGAAUGUCCCGCAAUAUGCUCUCAAAGAUGUUGCGUUUGUUGAGGAAUUAGGCGAAGGGGCUUUUGGUAAAGUUUAUAAAGGUGAACUGAAAACAAAAUCAGGACGAAUUUAUGUCGCUGUGAAAUCACUGAAAGAAAACGCCAGCGCUAAAACCCAAGCGGAUUUUCAACGCGAAAUCGAACUUAUAUCGGAACUUAAGCAUCCGAAUAUUAUUUGUUUGCUUGGUGUUGUCAUGAAGCAGGAACCUAUGUGUAUGUUGUUUGAAUAUAUGUCUGAGGGCGAUUUGCAUGAAUUUUUAAUCGCAAACUCCCCGAAUGAGGGUAAAGCAUUGACGCAGUUGCAAUUCCUGCAUAUUUCCAUACAAAUCGCGCAGGGGAUGGAAUAUUUAUCAGAGAAUCACUACGUGCAUCGUGAUCUUGCAGCGAGGAACUGUUUGGUGUCGAAUGAUUUAGUCGUCAAGAUCAGUGACUUUGGUUUAUCACGAGAUAUGUAUAGCUGUGACUAUUACAGAGUGCAAUCAAAAUCUCUUCUCCCUGUAAGAUGGAUGCCACCCGAAUCGAUUUUAUACGGAAAAUUCACAACUGAGAGCGAUGUAUGGUCUUAUGGAGUAGUAUUAUGGGAGAUAUACAGCUACGGAUUGCAGCCGUAUUAUGGAUACAAUAAUCAAGAGGUAAUUAACAUGAUUCGUUCCCGCAAACUUUUGCCCUGCCCAGAGGCGUGUCCCAGUUAUUGCUACGCCCUGAUGGUCGAAUGCUGGGCAGAGCUGGCAAUCCGCCGGCCUAGUUUCGGCGAAAUCAGUCACCGCCUGCGUGUGUGGAAACAAAACGGCAACGCCCCAUCCGCUUAUUACAAAUCAGACGCAUCUUCCAGUGGUAUUGUUGUUGGCGGAGGUGGGGGUAAAUACAACACUGCUGGCCGCUCAACGACAGGUGGCAGUUCGUCACACACGCAUUCAUCGCACAGCAAUGAUCAACAUCACAUGCAUACAAUGCCCUCGCAAUCGCAGACACAAUCACAUCAUUCACAGCACAAUACACCGCAUUCACAUCAGCCAACUGAUCCAACAACGACGGCGACAUGGGAACGCGCCGGGAAUAAUAUGAAGCGCACAUCCGGAAGUCAAAGUUCGUUAACUUCGAAGUCGUCGCUGGGGAAUCGCACACAGAGUACGAAUCUAAGCGACCAGCAGCGGAACUCAAGCAGAAGGAGUCAUCAUCGUGGAUCCAGUCGUAAUUGCGAUACGAAUAGUCUGGAGAGGCUGAAUCCUAUCCGUGCGCAUUCGGUGAACUCCGCAUUGUAGUUGUAAACAUUAAUUGUAAUGUGUAAUUUUUUGUAUUUUAUAUAAUAUCCAGGUUUUUAUUCGUUUUAAGUCCGAAUGCCAAAAGUUUAUACGUAUUUUUGUUUUUAGAUAUGUUUUUUAUGUAUGAUUAUUUGUUUUUGAAGCAGGAAGUCAAGGCAUUUACUCGAAUUUUUUUACACAGAUUUUUAAGAUUUUUACUAUUACUCUGCCAUUUUAUGAUGUAUAUUUACAAGACAGUGUUUGUUAGAAUGUAUGUGGUCAAAAGAACAAUACUUAAAAUCA